AUGUCCGAGCAGGAAAGAAGCAGCGAGGAUUCAUCUAUCCACAAUAGCAGCGGGACACUGAGAGACCGAGAUCCCGAAAAAGCGGGAUUUCCACCAGGAAACCAAGAAAAUGGGGAUUCGGAAAACAACCAGCCGGGCGAAGCAUCUCGCAUGCCGCGUGUCCGGUUUCGAUCAAAUGCCAGUUUCUCUCGAGAGGCGCCUCGAGGUCCUCCGCCAGAGGAUCUGCAUGCGGAGUGGGAUAGAUCGCAGCGCGAGGGACUACCACAUCGGCCAACCAUGCCUUACUCGCACGAGUCUACGGAUAUCUCAGAUACGCCGUGGCAGGAUCGGACCAACCAGGCUGAUGGGACAACAAACAAAGAAGACAAGGCUGCUGAUGAGAAAGCACCGGAAGAGGACAAGAAACCAAUCUAUAAUCCCGAGCGAUGGGCGCCGUCCAGCGUUAGAGAUCGGUGCCAUUCAGUAACGAAAUCCAUCAAACACAGAAUGACAAGCAUACUCAACGUGCUGGGACGUCCUGCCGCUGAUGGAGAUGAUUUACGACCCGGUCUGUACCGACCAGAAUGGGCGUCUGGAGGAGAAGUUCCUCUGUCAGACGUCACAGACAACAAUCAAAAGACUGAUGAAGAGAAGCGGCAGCACCAGGGAGCAACCAGCUCCGAAGCUCAUCGUCUGGUGCGAGAUCUGACACAAGAUCACUCGGCCAAGCGUCGCAAAGGUCGCGGUAGACCGUACCCCCAGUGGGGAACCGAAUUCAGCGGACGAGAGGAUGAGUCCGCCCUCGACUCGGGGCUUCGAUAUCGUUCUGGUGGUGGUGGGAUUUUGUCGCAGUUGAUUAAACUCAAUAAUCCCAGCCAAGGCCAGAAGGGGGCCAGUGGCACCGGUAUGUCUCGAACAUCAAGUCAGUCUUCUGUCGAUACUUCGACACCGCGCGGUCCAGCGUCGGGUGCUACUUCGACCGCGGCGACACCCAGCAAGCGGGAUAGGCCUAAGUGGUAUAAGAAACCACCGAAUGCUUCGACGUCAACUCUGAUUGGAGCCGGAUCGGGAAACAUCAGCGGAGCAACAACCCCGGUGUCCAGUGAGGUUAUGUCGGCAGCGUCCAAACGACAAGGAAAACUUUCGAGCGGGAAUAUGAGACUGGAGGAUGAGAUCCGAGUGACGGUGCACAUUGCCGAGAUCAUCGCUCGACAACGGUAUAUCAUGCAACUUUGCAAGGCCCUCAUGGCUUUCGGGGCGCCGACCCAUCGACUGGAAGAAUACAUGCAGAUGACCGCCAAGGUGCUGGAGGUGGAUAGCCAGUUUCUCUACUUGCCAGGCUGCAUGGUCAUGUCGUUUGAUGAUCCCUCGACGCGCACAACGGAAGUUAAACUAGUCCGCGUUGCCCAGAGCGUCGACCUCGCUCGUCUCUCAGAUACCCAUCUGAUCUAUAAAAACGUCAUCCACGACGUGAUCGGCAUUGAAGAGGCAAUCCAGGAACUGGACGAUAUUCAGAACAGAAAGCCUCGAUUCAACAAGUUCAUUGUCGUCUUGGUGUACGGUCUGGCUACUGCAACCGUCGGCCCGUUCGCCUUCAACGCUCGACCCAUCGACAUGCCCAUAAUCUUCAUCAACGGGUGUCUCGUAGGCGCGAUGCAGAACGUUGCCGCACCACACUCGGUGCUCUAUUCGAACGUCUUCGAAGUGACAGCCUCAGUGCUGACAUCCUUCCUCGCUCGAGCCUUUGGCAGUAUCCCACGCACCGUCGUGGAUGGGAAACGACAGGGAAACUUAUUCUGUUUCUCAGCCAUCGCACAAGCCUCAAUUGCAUUAAUCCUCCCCGGGUUCUUGGUGCUCUGCAGCAGUCUCGAGCUACAGUCCCACCAAAUUAUCGCAGGUUCCAUCCGAAUGGUGUACGCAAUUAUCUUCUCCUUGUUUCUUGGCUAUGGCAUCACCGUUGGCACAACCCUCUACGGACUCAUGGACGACCACGCCACAUCGUCCAUCACCUGCCCGCCAGAAGGCGCAUUCAAGAAUCCCUAUCUGCAGCGGUUUCCUUUCGUAGCCAUCAUGUCCGUCUGGCUUCUGAUCAUCAACCAAGGGAAAUGGAAACAAGGGCCGCCGAUGACCAUCAUCGCAAUCUCGGGGUAUAUCAGCAACUACUUCAGUACGAAGAAGCUGGGCUCGAACUCGCAAGUCGCGAACACGGUUGGCGCAUUCACGAUCGGCAUCAUGGGAAACCUGUACAGUCGUCUCUGGCACGGACACGCUGCAACCGCUAUUCUACCUGGAAUCUUCGUCCUGGUGCCAUCAGGUCUCGCGGCGACAGGCUCGUUGAUCACAGGCGUGCAGUCUGCAGAUCAGAUUCGGCAGAAUAUUUCAUCGAAAACUUCUGCGAACUCUGCGCCUGGGGCGGGACUGUCUAGUAGUUCGAUAUUUAGUCUAGGUUUCGGUAUGAUCCAGGUUGCUAUUGGGAUUACGGUGGGACUCUUUUUGGCUGCAUUGAUUGUUUAUCCGUAUGGCAAGCGGAGGAGUGGAUUGUUCAGUUUUUAA